GCCCUCUACUGCUAUGCGCAGGCCUUGCUGCUCGAUCAGUGUCGGUGCAGCCAUGCUGAUACUGACUGAUGCUUAAGAUUAGCAAUGUGUUAGCAAGCUGACUGCAGUGCUCUCAAUCAAUUGCGCAUCAUUGGCGCAGAUAGCUGCGACUAAAGGUGGAGUAGUCGCGAGCAGUGAGGCAAAGCUCGAGGGACCACUAGCGCCGGAAGUCUUCACGAAGUCCGCACGCGAGACCUUGAUGGUCCACUGACAGCUCUUCGCGUCCAUCUCCCACCAACAAACAGACACAGUCAUGGAAUCGACAGACCUCGUGGAGCGAAGGUCGAACUUUCUUCGGGAAGCUGCGCACUUGCUGGCGAUUUCGUCACCGACCACUUCAGCAUUUCUUGGUUCGGCGCAGGACAGGCUCAUCGAAGACGCAGAGAUAGAUCUGCAGCAGAAAGAAGUUGAUGCACUUCGGAGACGGUUCUGCGGUGCCUGCGGCAACCUGCUGAUAGCAGGAUGGUCUUGCAGGGUUGUUCAUCAGACUGAGACGAAGAGGGCGCGAAAGGAGAAGAAGACAUGUAAAGACUCGACACCGCCGGCCAAACACAUUGUAUACACCUGCUUGAGAUGUGAACGACAGACAAUACAGUCGUUACAGGCGAGACCGUCGAAACCUGUCAGGAAAAUGACAGCUCCAAAAGCCUCUCAGCCAUUGCCAGAGCCCAAACAGCAGGCCCAAGAGGCCAGUAAAGUGGUCAAAUCAGUCAAUGCGAGCAGCAAAGAGAGGAGAAAAGCUCGAAAAGGUGGUCUUGCGGCGAUGCUCGAGAAAAACAAGUCCCUAAACUCCAGUCAAGGCGGAUUCGACUUGAUGGACUUUGGUAUGUAAGCAGCUCUCGUAGGGCUGCAGAAUGACUAGGGUCCAGGAGAAGGUUCCAGGUACCCCGCCACUGUCCGCCAUAAUUUCUAACUUGGAGAAUUUCGUCACACUACCGCUGCCCCGCGCCGACUGCUGCAACUUUUCUACGGCUUUACCAACACAACCACCUUUACUGCAUACGAACAGAGAUAACGCAAAUGGCCGAACACAAGAGUCUCGCGAAGGACCUCUUCGAGGAUAUGGGGCGCAAGGUCGCCGACGCGAGCGCACAGCAAGAAGAGGACGACUCUCGGGUUGUUGACGAGAUUGAGAGUCUGUGUAUGAACUGCCACGAAAACG